AUGGCUUUAUCAGAAUUUGAAAAGAAAAGGCAGGAGAAUAUUCAAAGGAACAAAGAACUUUUGCAAAAGUUAAAUCUUGACUCGCUAUCAAACAAUAUAUCAAAAGAAAUCGAAAGAUCAUCACCAUCACCACAACCUACAACAAAAAAACGAAAAUUAGUGACUAAAAAGGAACCUAAAGAAAAAAAUAUACCAACAAGAAGAUCAAGUAGAUUAAGAGGUAUCCAGUUAGAAAAUGAGAAUCCUGAAGAAUUUGAGAAGCAAAGGGAGGAAAAUGAAGCAAAGGAACGUGAAAAAAGAGAACUUGAAACUUUAAAGAGAACUAAAUUAUUUGGAGAUUUUAAAUUGAUUGACUUAAUAACUGAUAAACAGAAGGGUGGGAUGUUGUUUGAAAAUAAAAUAAGACCUCAAAUGAAAGCAAAGGCUGAAGGUGAAGAAAUAGAGACAGAUGAGAAAAUGUUGGAAAAAGAAAAUGAAGUUUUGAAAUUAAUUCAAUCAUUAGGUAAUAAAUAUUCUGCUGGUGACUUUUAUGAGCAAAUAACAAAAAAUGAAAAAUUAGCACUGAAUCAAGAUAAAGAUGUUGAAAGUAAAAGAAAGGAAUUUAGUUCCAAAAAAAUUUAUUCCAAAUUUGAUCCAUUGGAUAUAAAACUAACUCAUAACAGGAUAACAUCAAUUGUGUUUCAUCCAUCAACUACGGAAAGAAUAGUAGCUGCCGGUGAUACAAAUGGUAAUCUAGGUAUUUGGAUUCCUGAUUCAAGUGAUGAAGAUAAUCCUACAAUUUCAAUCUUAAAACCUCACGGAGGAAAUAUUUCGAAAUUAUUAACACCACCAAAUCAAUUACAAAAGAUUUUCAGUUCGUCAUAUGAUGGAAGUAUAAGAUCAUUAGAUUUAAACAAAUUAUCAAGUGAAGAAGUUUUUUCCUUAAAUGAUUCUAGUCUAGGAGGUAUAAGUGAUAUCAAUAUUGUUCGUGAAAACCCUAAUUUGCUAUACAUGACUACACUAGAUGGGUUAUUUUAUAAUUAUGAUAUGAGAACUAAACCGAGUGGAAGAAACAAGACUUUGUUAAGAUUAGCUGAUAAAAAAAUUGGUGGUUUUGCAAUAAAUCCAAAUAAUUGGUAUCAAAUAGCAACAGCAUCAUUAGAUAGAACUAUGAGAUUAUGGGAUUUAAGAAAUAUUUCAAAACUGGAGUAUUCAGAAUAUGAAGAUCAAAAGUCUCCUCAUAUGUAUGGUAAUUUCACCUCAAAAUUAUCUGUUUCUUGUGUUGAUUGGAAUAUAAAUAAUCAUAUUGUAUGCAAUGGUUAUGCUGAUUAUAUCGAUCUUUUUAAUUUUAAUGAUUCUAAUCCUGAAAUUACAAAAUGGAAUGAUAAGUAUAUGCCAGGAAAUGUUAAAAAUAAAAAUCAAAAAGAUGAUAAUGUAAUAACAUUACCAGAUAAUUUGGUUCCAUUCAAUAGAAUAAAACACAAUUGUCAAAGUGGAAGAUGGGUUUCAAUUAUAAAAUCAAAAUGGCAAGAAAACCCUGCUGAUGGAGUUCAGAAAUUUAUUAUCGCGAAUAUGAGUAGAAAAAUGGAUAUUUACGAUGAAAAAGGUAAUAUAUUAGCUCACUUAACUAAUGGAUUAGGUGCUGUUCCUGCUGUUUGUACUUUGCAUCCUACUCAAAAUUGGGCAGUAGGAGGAAGUGCAAGUGGUAAGAUAUAUUUAAUAGAGUGA